AUGUUGAAUGAACCUGCAACUCCGACUUUUGUACCGGAGACUCAACUUUCCGACCGUGAAUCCCCAAUUAAGGUGUUUAAUUUAGAAAAGGUGGUUUCAAAUGCUGAGGGUACAAGAAGCAUUCAAGUUGGACAAAGUGAUGAUCCAAUAAUCGACAAUGAUCAAAAGACGGAUGUUUUUUGGGGACGGAUUGCAAGCUACUACAAUGAGAAUCUUCCCCUAGGUUCAAACACCAGAAGUGCAAAUGUUAUACGGUCACAUUGGCACAAUACAAUCCAAAAGAAGGUAUAUCGAUUCAAUGCAAAUUACAAUAAUGUUUAUAGUUCAUAUCGAAGUGGUCAUAGUGAUGAAGAUAUAUUGAGGUUUGCGUACGAAAAAUAUCGAUCCGAAAACAAUGGCGUUGCAUUCAAUCUCGAACAUGUGUGGAGAAUUGUCAAAGAUCGCCCAAUGUUUACUCCACAAUUCGUUGAUCACUUUGUGGCCACAAAGAAGACGAGGACCUCAGAGUCGGGAGCAAGCAACACCUCCUCCAACCAAGAUGUGAGUAUAGACCUUGAUUAUGAAGAUACUCGUCCAAUGGGACAAAAGGCAGCAAAAAGAAAGGGAAAAGACAAAGUAAAAUCGACCAUGGAGGAUCUGACAGUAAACUACAACAAUAUUAUCACAAAGUUCACUGAGUACACAAGCGUGAAGAAGUCCAAAGUCGAUUUGAAACAAAAACAACUUGAAGUAGAGGAGAUUAAGGCAAAAGCUGCAUUGUCCAAAUCUGAAGCUAAGAAUCGUCGCCUGAAGUUGAAGGAGUACGAAAUAUUGAACAAAAACACCUCGCAGAUGACAAAGGAGCAGCUUAUCAUACAUGAAUGUCUAUGCCAGGAUAUUAGGUCGAGAUGGAAUAUCUAA